UAUUUUAUAUUUCUGGUUUUUUUAAUUUUUUUAAUGAAGUUUAGAAAGUUUUGAGCUUUAUGGCUUUGAUGGGUCACCCAUAUCUGGGGUUCUUAUAUUAAUAUUCUGCUACUGUUUCAUAGACUUUGAUUUAUUGUUUUGAAAGAUUGGAUUCGAGUUUUUUAAAUGAAAUGGGUAGUUCCCAUGUUGUGAUUCAAGUAAUGGGUAUCUUGUGAUUUCAAAGCUGAAUGUUGUUUCAGGUAGAUUUUGAUGGUAUUUGUUAUGUUAUUGGAGCUUGAGAUCCCUUGUUUUGCCUUAAAAUACGCGUGCUGUUGAUAUCUUUUUGCGCUUUGUUCUUUUCUUAGUUGCUAUAUUUGGCUCUGUGAAAGGACCAUCUGUUGUUGUUGAGUUGGUUAGUUAAUGUUUUAGAUUUGAAGCAAAGCUGAGAAAAUGAUAAGCCAAGUCAUCUUUUUGUUUAAUGUUUGUGAUUGUUGAAGAGGAUCUGUGCUUCUGCUUUAUAUAAGUGAAAAAAAUUCGUUGCUUCACUUCUGCAACUUUGAAGUUCAUUUAAGAUGGGUUACUAGUGGAGUAAUGGUUUGCAGAUUCUUUGGCAGAUGAACAAUCUGUGAUGUGCUAAUUGUUGUUGGAAUACUAGACUUUGAAAUGGAAAAGCGAAAAUGGUUAUGGAAGAGGAAGUCUUCUGAGAGAAGUCCUGGCGAAACAGAGAGUUCAGGAUCAAUUUCUUCACAUUCGGAGAGAUAUUCUGAUGACCAGCAGGAAGCCUUGAAGGCAUCUCCUAAUCACAGUGCUCAAUCUCCUGAAGUGACAUCAAAAGCUGUAUCCAAUGGAGAAGAUAUUAAUGAUAGCGUUAGGACUCUAACAGAAAAAUUAUCUGCUGCUCUGGUGAAUGUUAGUGCCAAAGAGGACUUGGUAAAGCAGCAUGCCAAAGUUGCUGAAGAAGCUAUUGCAGGCUGGGAAAAGGCUGAAAAUGAAGUGGGUGUCUUAAAGCAAAAACUUGAGGCUGCAGUACAGCAGAACUCGACACUGGAAGCUAGGGUGAGCCAUCUUGAUGGGGCCCUCAAGGAAUGUGUUAGGCAGCUAAGACAAGGCAGAGAGAAGCAGGAGCAAAUGAUCCAAGAAGCUGUGGAGAAGAAAACCCGUGAGUGGGAGGCCACAAAACUUGAACUUGAGACCCAAGUUCUUGAACUCCAGAGCAAAGCAGAAGCUGUUAAAUCUGAACCUCCUGUUCAGAUUGAUCCUGAUCUUUGCCACAAGCUUGAACUUUUUAAAAAAGAGAACUCAGCCCUCAAGAAUGAACUCCUUUCUCAAACCGAGGAGUUAGAAAUCAGGGCAAUUGAAAGAGACUUGAGUGCUCAAGCAGCUGAAACAGCCAGCAAGCAACAUUUAGAGAGCAUAAAGAAGGUGGCCAAGCUUGAGGCUGAAUGCAGGAAGUUAAAAGCAAUGGCUUGUAGAUCUUCAUCAAUUAAUGACCUUAAAUCUGGUACUGCCUCCUCAAUUUAUGUUGAAUCGCUUGUGGAUAGUCAAUCAGACAGUGGGGAACGGCUAAAUGCAGUGGAGAUUGAUAUCCACAAAAUGAAUGGCUCUGAACUAAGUAAGUCUGAGCUAAGUUGUUCUGACUCGUGGGCAUCAGCCCUAAUUGUGGAGCUUGAUCAGUUCAAAAACGAAAAGGCUAGUAGUAGAAAUCUCCCUGCCUCGUCAAUUGAAAUUGAUCUAAUGGAUGAUUUUCUUGAGAUGGAGCAGCUUGCUGCAAUGCCUAAUAGUGGAAGUGGAAAUAAUAUCGAAUCAAAAGCUGUUACCAAGCAAUCUAUUGGUGCAGAAAGUUCAUUAAGAGCUGAGCUUGAAGCUAUGAUUCAUCGGACCGCUGAACUGGAAGAAAAAAUUGAAAAGAUGAAGGCGGAGAAAGGAGAACUGCAAGAAAAAAUUGAAAAGUUGGAAGUGGAGAAAGGUGAACUGGAAGAAAAAUUUGAAAAGAUGGAAGCGGAGAAAGAUGAACUGGAAGAAAAAGUGGAAAAGAUGGAAGCGGAGAAAUGUGAACUGGAAGAAAAAGUGGAAAAGAUGGAAGCAGAGAAAGGUGAGCUGGAAGAAGAAAUAGAAAAGACGGAAGCAGAGAAAUGUGAACUGAUAGAAGAAAUGGAAAAGAUGGAAGCAGAGAAAGGUGAACUGAGAGAAGAAAUGGAAAAGAUGGAAGCAGAGAAAAGUGAACUGAGAGAAGAAAUGGAAAAGAUGGGAGCAGAGAAAAGUGAACUGGAAGAUGUGAAGGAAAAGAUGGAAUCCGAGAAAUGUGAACUGGAAGAGCAAAUAGAAAGAAUGGAAGUAGAGAAAGCUGAACUGGAAUUGUCUCUAACCAAAAGUGAAGAUUGUGUUGCGGCAUCAGAGCUUCAGUUGAGGGAGGCUAAAAUGAAGUUGGAGGAGCUUGAAAGACAGCUAAAUUUGGCAAAUGAAUCGAUGCAGGUUGUUGAGUCUAAAUUCAUCAGCACGGAAGUGGAGGUUCAAACAAUGUCAGCAAAGAUUGACUCAUUAGAAAAUGAGGUUGAAAAAGAGAGGGCUCUAUCAGCACAGAUUACAGUAAAGUGUCAGAAAUUGGAAGAAGAGCUGUGGAGAACGAAACAGGAAGUCGAGCUCCAACAAGUUGCAAAGUUGAAUGCUGAAGUAAAGAUAAAACCGGAGGAUCUAGACAUGGCCUCUGGAAAACUUGCUGAGUGCCAGAAAACGAUAGCAUCUCUUGGGAAGCAGCUAAAGUCUCUGGCAACAUUGGAAGACUUCCUGAUUGACACAGCAAGCAUACCUGAAUUUCCUAGGGAAGGAUUAUCGAUUCCUAAAGCUAGUGGAGAACCAUGGAAGUUACAUUCGAAUGAAACAUAUUCACCCAAAAGAGAGUUGAGUGCCACAAGUAUAGCCGGCGAGAGCACUGGUCCUUCAGUAAACAAGAAUGGUGGAAAAACACCAUUGUCUGCAUCAUCAUCUACUUCAUCUGCUGUGUCAUCAAAUCAUGUCAAUCCUGAGAAGAACCGGAAUGGCUUUGCCAAGUUCUUCUCUCGGACUAAGAAUGGAAUACAGCUAGAACUUUAGCCACGUAGAAAAAUAUAUUGAUUUCUCAACUGUAAACCAGAGAAUUUGUGUCAUUUAGAUAUGCUGAUUAAAUACUUUUUAGUCAGCAGAUAUUGUUUCUUUUUUAUUUUCUUCAUUUAUACGCGAACACUGGUCUAUAAAGCAAAAUUUUUCAA